UAUAAAGUACUUUCCCAAACAAAAAAUGUAAAAAAACAACAAUCUGUCACAGAAAGACACAAAAAAAACGUCAAAAUCUAUGCAACAUUGAAACCUCUUACUCACUCUGUCUCCCUGGAAUCUUCCAUGUUGCAUUUCCAUGUGCAUACAAUAGAACAACACAUCUAAUCUCAUCUCUUCACUUUUGAUUUUUAGCAUAAAACUAAAACCCUCAAUUAAGCUUUCUCUGAGCUCAACCAUGUCAGUCUCAUGUGGGGUAGAGUGCGUCUUCAUCCUCGGCUGCGCUCGUUGGCUAUGGAAACGUUGCACAUACAUCGGCUCCUACGACAGCGCCACGUGGCCAUCUGCUACCCCCCUCGAAUUCGAACCUGUCCCACGUGUCUGCCGACUCAUCCUCGCCAUCUACGAACCCGACCUCCACAACCCACACUACUACAUACCCUCUCACGGCUACCACAUAAAUCCCAAUUGGGUCGUCAAGCGCGUCACUUACAAAGAAACUGAAGGCCACGCGCCUCCGUAUUUAAUCUACGUCGACCACGACCACCGCGAAAUCGUAAUGGCGGUGCGUGGACUGAACUUAGCUAAAGAAAGUGAUUAUAAGCUUUUGUUGGAUAAUAAAUUGGGGAAACAGAUGUUUGAUGGUGGUUAUGUUCAUCAUGGGUUGUUGAAAUCUGCGGUUUGGUUGUUGAAUAAGGAAUCUGAGACGUUGAAGAAUUUGUGGGUUGAGAAUGGUUUGGAGUAUGGGAUGGUUUUUGCGGGACAUUCAUUGGGGUCUGGUAUUGUUUCUUUGUUGAGUAUACUUGUUGUCAAUCAUAGGGAACGUUUGGGUGGCAUUCCUAAAGACAAGAUUAGGUGUUAUGCUAUUGCUCCUGCUAGGUGUAUGUCACUUAAUUUGGCUGUUAAAUAUGCUAAUCUUAUUCAUUCCAUUGUCUUGCAGGAUGAUUUCUUGCCAAGAACGCCCACUCCAUUGGAAGAUAUAUUCAAAUCCGUAUUCUGCUUGCCCUGCUUAUUAUUCUUGGUUUGCCUGAGGGACACCUUCAUACCUGAGGGUCGAAAGCUACAAGAUCCAAGGAGACUUUAUGCCCCCGGACGGAUGUACCAUAUUGUCGAAAGAAAAUUUUGCAGAUGUGGGAGGUUUCCUCCUGAAGUGAGGACGGCUAUUCCUGUUGAUGGAAGAUUUGAGCAUAUUGUCUUGUCCUGCAACACAACAUCAGAUCAUGCAAUUAUUUGGAUUGAAAGGGAGGCAGAGAAAGCCUUACAAUUAAUGAAGAAUCAGAACAGCUCCGAAACCGUGACAGUCCCACCAACAGUACAAAAGUUCGAAAGAUUAAAGACAAUUGAAAAAGAACAUAAAGAUGCUUUGGAAAGAGCUGUUAGCUUAAAUGUACCUCAUGCAGUGGACGCCGCAGAGAAUGAACCGUCUGAAAACAAUGAAGGUGAAGAAGCAUCUGGUAAUAGUGGGGACAAAGAAGCCACCGCCUCAAGUACUGAAUCAAAAACAAGUGGUGGAAGAUCAACCUGGGAAGAGGUUGUUGAAAAGCUGUUGAAGAAGAAUGAAACAGGAAACAAACACAUGGAAGAUAGUACAAAUGUUUCAGAAUGACAUCUUCUGCAUGCUUAGGUUAGAUAUCAACAUCCAUUAAUAUAUUUGAUUUGUUUUGUUAUUGUUGAGUUUGUAAAUUUCCUUGUAAAAAAGAUAGCUACAUUUGUUUGGGAAACCAGGCAGGGAAAAACUACAAAAUAACUAGGAUAGGUGCUAUUCUGAUUGGUUUGGUUGUGAUUUUAUUGUUUAAAACUUGAGAUUUUCUUGUAUAGUUGCGAAAUUCAUAACAUGGAUCGUCAAAUUAUUUAAUUGUCGUGGAUGUUACUAAUCAAUGCAAUGUUGAUGAAUCAUGUUAA